UGUCAAUGUCUCCUCUGGUUCAUUCAAACAUUCAUCUGCAUGCGCCAUCAUAGAGAGAGAAAGAACAGUUAGAGCCUCUCAUUCAUAAAAAAGUAUGUUCAUUCAUAAAAGCUGCACAGUUCGCCCAUGCGUCAGAUAGAAAACACUGAUUUUGUGAAGCAGAGCUGGAAGCUGGUUAACUGACGGAGAAGGGUUCAGGUCAGUGAGGAGGUUUGAGCAUUUACACGGCAUGACUGGAGUGGAGCAGACAGGAUUUUGAGCUACACAGGAAAGCCCAGUCCUAUGCAGUUUUCCAGUGCCUUGAUUAUGCGAGAGCAAACCAUACCCAUUUUCAAAUCACAGACAAGACUCCUACCAGGUAUGCUGAAACGCACCAAAUACAGCCGACUGCGUAACGAUUCCUUGACAUCUUUGGAGGAUCACCCUGAAAGAAUUUCACCCUCGAAGAGGGACCUAUGCUUAGACCCUGAUUUUGCUCAGCUUGAUCCUGGGACACCAUCUCACCAUGGAUCAUCUACCCUGAGGAACUUUAUCCCCCACGUGGCCAAUAUCUGUCUGCAAAGUCCUAAUUGCUUGCGAAAAGGCCAAAGGGGACAAGCAAAAACAAACAUAGACAGAACUGAUCAUAAACAGGAUGACAGACCUCUGUCUAGAACAGAUUUGGGCUGUUCCCUUGGUGUGUCCUUCAGCAGUGGACCAAACCUGAUUCACCCGGCUCUCCUCUCCACAAAGCGCCCCAUCACACUGCACCGGAUGGCCAGCCUCCCCUGCACUUCAUGCUUACAUCAAAGCGAUGGGCUUUGCUGCUUGGAGGCAGUAGAUGACUGUGCAGUGGUGAGGACAUCAAACAGAGCGGCUCACCAUCAUGUGAAGUACAUGGGUAGCGUGGAAGUGAUCCAAUCCAUGAGGACACUCGACUUUGAUACAAGAAUGCAAGUCACACGGGAGGCAAUUAGCAGACUGUGUGAGAGGACUUCAGUGAAAUCCUUGCUGAACAGUAAGAGGUCUCCGUGUAAAGGAGUGUCUGCUGUUCUGGGUCAGAUCAACAUGCAGUUUUCUGGGAACAGAGCCAUCCUCACAGUCUACGCAGACAGUUUGACUCUGAUCACAGCCUCCACUUUACAGAGGAUUGUCAACCAUCCCAUGCAGGCCAUUUCAUUUGCCUCUGGAGGAGACCCAGACAUGGCAGAUUAUAUUGCCUAUGUUGCAAAGGAUUUCAACAAUAAGAGAGCGUGCCACAUUAUGGAGUGUCCCCAGGGUCGGGCCAGUGAGGUUAUCAGCACCAUCGGUCAGGCCUUUGAGACUCGUUUCCGGCAGCUUCUCAGCCAGACAUCAGUGCUCCUCUCCCCAAGGUCUAUGGUUAGGAUCUGUCCCAAAUGUAGUCCUAAAGAGACAUCAAUGGACCAAUUGACCAAGCAGAAGGAUGAGGUCACUGAGCAGCCAGAGUACUAUAAUGUCAUCACAGGAAAAACCUUUUUCCCGCUGGAUGGAGGACAAGAGGACAAGCAGGUGACAAAGGAAGAGAAGAAAUGGGAGCCUGAUAUUCAGGAGGUCUGUCUGUCUCCGCCUUUUUCACUGUAUGAGAACUACUCCGUCAGAGAAGAAACGUCAGCUCCAUCUGCAGACUCAGUGCAGUGUGAGGACAGUGGUGAACGAUGCACUCCCCUCUUUAAGGCCCCAGUCCACAACUUAAUUCACCAAGAAGGGUGGUUUCAUGGCAGGCUGGGCAGAGAACAGGCGGAGUCUCUCCUCACCUGCAGCGGGGAUUUCCUGGUCAGAGAGAGCAGCUCAGCCUCUGGUCAGUACGUCCUUAGUGGGAUGGAGGGGGCCACUGUGCGACAUCUACUUCUGGUGGAUCCAUACGGGCAGGUACGAACACGGGACCAAGUGUUUCAGAGCGUUGGCCACCUGGUGCGAUUUCACAUGGAGAAGCAGAUGCCCAUUUUUUCAGGAAGCGGCAAGCUGUGUCUGAAGCAGCCGAUUUUACUGUCACAGUAACAAAUAGAGACUAUUACCUGUAAAUACAAGAUCUGAACCCAACAGUGAAAAAAUGCCCAUCAUCACUUUUCACAGCCUGAUAAAAUUAAAACAACCUGCGAACACGCUAUAUCUGAUUUAUAGUGAGCUCUAUUUAGUUGUAUGUCUUUUGGGGAUGUUGUAGUAAUAUUUGCAUAUUUUUGUGUGUGUAUUAUUGAUGAAGUUAUUUGGUGUCCAUUUCUUUUUCUCUGCCAUGAGUAAAUUGUCAGCUAUUCUGUCCCACAUUGAGAGCAGCUGCUGGCCUGUGGCACAUCCGGUCUCCUACAUGCAGACUUUGCUGGUCUUUACUCAAAGUUUAAGCACAAUUUCUGCUGCCGGGAGGAAAUUAACAGAACAUUGGCUGGCUUUUCCCAAUCAUUCUUUUACAUGUUACAUUUCUCUAGUGUUUCCUAUGUCUCACCUUAAAAGAAUCUCUUUGUGUUAAGAAUAUAAAAAUUCCAUGUUUAGUUUGAAUGGGAAAAUUAGCUGACAAAUGUUAAAAUACUGUUUUCUCUGAAGCAAAAAUAAAUCUCUAGUUAUUUUACAUAAUACAUUUGCAGUUUCUGAAUUAUUAAAUUAUUAACUGAGAUGAGACAAUGACUCAUUCCUCAUAAUACCUCGUUGA